UCUCAAAGGUUUCAUCAAGCUUCUCCAUGUCAAGACUGCACUUCAGAUUGCAGAUAUCUUCACUAAACCUCUGUUUUCACCUCAGUUUUAUUCUCUGGUUGGCAAGAUGGCCUUAAAAUCACUUUUCUUGCCAUCUUGAGGGGGAAUAAUAGAGUGUAAAAUUGUAUUUCGGUUAUAUUGGUUAGAUGUGGUUCAAUGUGGUUUAGUACUGGUUUAAUAUGUUAAGUAAACCAGGAACAAUACACACACUAUAUAUGCCGUUGUAUUGACUUCUUUUCACUUCAAUGAAAGAAAUGAGUUUGUUACGAGUUUGUUAGAUCAUCGUCUCUCUCGUCUCUUUCUCUCUCUCUCGAGCUCAAGCUCCAUCUUCUCUAUCAAAGACCAUGCUCAAGAAAGCUUUGGAGCUUACCGUUCUCUGCGAUAACGAGAUUUGUGUGCUACACUACGAUCGCGACGGUAAUCUCGUCAACACCUUGCCCGAAGAUCAGUCGCAAGUCACAGGCAUUCUCGACAAGUACAGAAACCUAAGCGACGGUGAAAAGCUGAAGAAAAGCACGAAUCUUUCACAGUUCUACAACAAGAAACUGGUGGACGAGAAGAAAAGAUCUCUUACCGACGCAGAGGAACGCAAAAGAUUCACCAAGAAAGUUGGAGAUUUCAAGGGUUCCUUGUUGGAUCAGUUUCAUAUGUUAAAAGACAGGGUUCGUGACCUUCGUUACUCCCAGGAUCAUUAUCAUCAGACCCAGCAAGAUCAAGAUCAGAGCCCUUUUCUUGAUGUUGUGUCUGAUAAAAAUCACAACAUUCCGGAGGCGUCUUCUUAUGGCUUCGUCCCCGCUAGUGACUUCUCUUCUUCACUAAUCGAGGAGGAGAAUCCAUUGAUGAAUUUUAUUCCGCACGAUCUUGAUCAACAACAAUCAUUCACGAAUCUUCUCAUGAGUGGUGAUCAUCAUGUGUCAACAAUUACCGACCAAUACCUCCCGAGCCCUGCUCCUUCCUCAACCGUAUGCUCCUCCAAUCAUCAUCAGGGCAAAUUCUCAGUCUUUCUGUUCAACCAUGAAACGGCCACGUUUACUCAACUUCCCAACUCUGCUUCUUCAAGCUUCGGCCAAGGGUUUACUGGCACUUUAACCUCUUACUGAUCAGAUAUCCAAGUAACAUCUCAUUGGUUCAUAUGAUGAUUAGUCUAAUGUUUUCCACUUAUUGUAAAUUUAUGUCAAAUAUUAUAUUUUGUGAUGU